UCACCCUCAAAUUUCAUCGCGCGGUCCUUAAAAAGAGCGUCCCUUUAUUUCAAUUCACAGAAUCUACUCUUCUGCUCUAAAUCCUCUCUCUGUGGCCAGGAAACACUUGCACGAUUUCCUUUCUCUAAAACCCACAAUCUUAAACACUUCAUCAUCGUUUUCGUUUGUAUUAUGCUUCUCUCUCUAUUUCUCUUUUUGGAAAUUAAUCCGUAUUUGUACUCUCUUAUUUUCUCAAUAUUCUAGCUGCAUAGCUAAAAUUCACUUGUUUUAGCCUGAUAACCAUCAUAAUGGUUUGAUUAAUGAUCUCUAAUUAACUUUCUUUAUAUCAGUCUCACCAUGCAUCAAACUUCUACAGUAACCCAGGAGUCCGGUCCCGUCUUUGAUUUUGCUAGCCAAUUGGGUCGUUUUGCCUUUAACACAGCCUUUCAGAGCAUAAAUUCAAAUGGCUACUCUUCAUUCAACUCAAAUUAUUUGUUUUUCGAUAGUUCAGUUGCGCAAACAAAGCGCAAAGUAGCUGUUUCUCUGAGUUUGGGUAGUCGGGGCACUUCCAGUGUUAAAAGGAUUUGGAGUGAGUUCAAUAGGGCAAUUAGAUUUCACUGUGAGAGAAUCCCAAUUGGGUUUGCUUCCGUUCGGGUUGGUUCUGGAGAUACUAAUGGAGACAACAGCAAUGGUUUGGGAGACGAUGGUUGCAGUGUUUUGGUAGAAGAGGGUUUGCCUUUGAAUGGUGCAGAGGCCGAGAGCCCCAAAAAGGUUCUCAUUUUGAUGAGUGAUACCGGGGGUGGCCAUCGAGCCUCUGCAGAAGCUAUUAAGGCAGCGUUCUAUGAAGAAUUUGGUGAUUAUUAUCAGGUAUUUAUUACCGAUUUAUGGUCAGAGCAUACACCUUGGCCAUUUAAUCAAUUGCCCAGGAGCUAUAAUUUCUUGGUGAAACAUGGGCCGUUGUGGAAAAUGACUUAUUAUGGGACUGCACCUCGUGUAAUACAUCAAUCUAAUUUUGCUGCGACUUCUACUUUUAUAGCUCGUGAGGUUGCAAAAGGAUUGAUGAAAUACCAGCCUGAUGUUAUCAUUAGUGUACAUCCACUUAUGCAACAUGUUCCUCUUCGUAUAUUGAGGGCAAAGGGUCUUUUGCAGAAGAUAGCUUUCACUACUGUCAUCACAGAUUUAAGCACUUGCCAUCCUACAUGGUUUCAUAAGCUCGUAACAAGAUGCUAUUGCCCGACAACAGAUGUAGCAAAGAGGGCAUUGAAAGCUGGUCUUCAGCCUUCCCAAAUUAAGGUUUAUGGCCUUCCAGUGCGGCCUUCAUUUGUUAAGCCUGUGCGACCAAAGUGUGAACUAAGGAAAGAACUAGGUAUGGAUGAAGAUCUUCCAGCUGUGUUAUUAAUGGGAGGAGGGGAGGGGAUGGGUCCCAUUGAGGCGGUUGCACGUGCACUUGGGGAUUCUUUAUAUGAUGAGGAUCUCUGUGAGCCAAUAGGUCAGGUCCUGGUGAUAUGUGGCCACAACAAAAAAUUGGCCAACAGAUUGCGGUCAAUUGAUUGGAAGAUUCCAGUCCAGGUGAAGGGGUUCGUUACUAAAAUGGAGGAAUGCAUGGGUGCCUGUGACUGCAUUAUAACAAAGGCUGGCCCAGGGACUAUUGCAGAAGCAAUGAUACGAGGCCUCCCUAUAAUCUUGAAUGAUUACAUUGCUGGGCAAGAAGUAGGAAAUGUGCCUUAUGUGGUGGAAAAUGGAUGUGGGAAAUUUUCAAAGUCACCGAAACAAAUUGCAAACAUAGUUGGGCAAUGGUUUGGUCCAAAGGCAGAUGAGCUUAAGGCCAUGUCACAAAAUGCACUGAAGCUUGCAAGGCCUGAAGCUGUCUUCAAGAUUGUUCAUGAUCUUGACGAGCUGGUUAGACAGAGAAAUGUAGUACCCCAAUAUUCCUGUGCUCCUUAGUUCUUUAUUUUCCUCCCUUUUUUUUUGGUAGCAAUCAAUUUUGAUAGGAGCUCAAUUGCAAUGUAUAGUGGGAUAUAAUUUUUUGUUUUUAAAUCAAAGAACAAUUCAUAUAUUAGUAGAAUCAAACAGCAGUAUGGAACAAUGGAGGAUGAGCACCCUAGUCAUUCGAGGCUGUGAAAGAAACAACUGCCUUAGCAAGACCAUCAGUUCAGAAAGAGAAUGUUGCUCAUGAUUCGGUCUUAUCACAUUGUAUUUUUGGUCUGAUUUAUAACCAUGGCAUGGUGGGCAAAAUAAGAUAAAACUUUUGUUUCAACUCU